GAGAGAGAGAGAGAGAGAGAGAAUCAAUGGCGACUUCGAAGCUCCAGGCUAUCUGGAACCACCCGGCUGGCCCUAAAACCAUCCACUUUUGGGCACCAACUUUCAAGUGGGGCAUCAGCAUAGCCAAUGUUGCAGACUUUGCUAAACCACCUGAGAAACUUUCAUAUCCCCAGCAAAUAGCGGUUACAGCCACUGGAGUUAUCUGGUCACGCUACAGCCUGGUAAUCAAUCCGAAAAACUGGAACUUGUUUAGCGUAAAUAUAGCAAUGGCAGGGACAGGCAUCUACCAACUUUCACGAAAAAUACAGCAUGACUAUUUCAAUGAGGAACACGUUGCUGUUGCAAAAGAAUGAUGACGAAAAUCUCCGAAAAUUGUUUGGCUAUGUUGAGGUACCCAGUUUGCUUCCUUGGCUCACGGUUGAACCAAGUUCUGGGAUGUAAAAUUUGUGCUUUCUCUAGAAGAAGCUUUAUGGUUUUCCCUUUCUGUGAUGAUUUUAUUUGUCCUGUGGGUGUUGAAUCGUGGAAUGUUAUUCUGCUAUUUAAGAGUCAAUAAUAUGAACUUUGAUGUAGUCGGAAUGUCGAUCACAUUCUUUCCCUUCAAUGAAGAUUUAAUGACUUGUUCUCGUUCUCUGGGAAUGGCUUCACCAUGUCUUCCAAGAAAACCAGCUGUAUAAUAU